CACCAACUCAAUUAUCAAAGUGCUGCAUGCAAACUUAACACUGGCGACGCCAACAAAUGUGUCGUUUCCAAUUGUAAUAAAGCCGUUAAUGUCCGCAAAGUGUGCUUAACGUAAUCAGCAAGCCCAGCUGACGAGGCUGUCUUUUGAGCCAUCUUGGACGCCGGUUUUGUGAGGCGCCGGCCAUCGAUCCGACUUAGUGCGCCAAAUCAAGUGGCCUGUGCAUCAUCGCUGCCAGUUUAUCAGCAAGGGUCAGCUAGAGCCUGUACCAACAUCUUGCUUAUCUCAGUUUUAUCAAUGGAGAAGUGGACUGUUUUGGGGCUUACAGCAGUUUUGCAGCCGUAGUCGCGGAUUUGCGUCGUAAAAAUCGCCAAAAUGAGCAGCCGAUCGAAGGAAAAAGUCACCGCAAUGUUCCGCAAAAUUUUCAAAUCCUCCAACAAAGACGGCGAGGGUCCCAGCAAGGCCAAUCCCUCGGGGUCUGGUUCUCCCGCGCGCCGCCUCCUGAGGGGUUGCCGCGAUUCCGUGUCUCCCGCCGCCCCCCAAGCCAGUCCAGCCUUCACCUCCAGCAAGGGGAAAAAGGGGGAAGACGGCCCCUCGCACAAAAGUGUCCGCGCCCGGAGACUCAUGAAGGAGUAUCGCGAUUUGCAGCGCCUCCAAAACUCCAAAACGGACCCGGUGUUUACCGUCGAGUUAGUUGACGAUAAUUUGUUCGAGUGGCACGUGAAAGUGUACAAACUGGACGCUGAAAGUGAACUAGGCAACGACAUGAAGGAGUUGGGGAUCAACUACAUUCUGCUGCAUGUUGUUUUUCCCGAGAACUUUCCCUUCGCCCCUCCCUUCAUGCGGGUGAUUUCGCCGCGGAUAGAGAAAGGGUUUGUUAUGGAGGGCGGCGCGAUUUGCAUGGAGUUAUUGACACCAAGGGGGUGGGCGAGUGCUUACACAGUCGAGGCCGUUAUCAUGCAAUUCGCCGCCAGUGUCGUUAAGGGUCAGGGCCGCAUCCAGAGGAAGACCAAAGGGCAAAAAGUGUUCAGUAAAAGGACGGCAGAGGAGAGCUUUAGGUCGCUGGUGAAGACCCACGACAAGUACGGCUGGGUCACACCCAGCCUAGCCGAUGGUUAGAUAGUCUUGUCCAAAAAUAUCGAAUCCGUUCCGUUUAACAGUGUUAUCUGAAUGUUCAGAAUAGAUAUGUAUUUUAUGAUAAAGCUGUAUACUUAUAUUGUCCAGUUUAGACAUUUAUUCAAAUCACGGUUAGGUAAUCAUGAUUCGUUCCUUUCGCCAAAGAAACGGAAAAUCCUUCCAAUAUUCUGAUCCCGAUUUAAUUGGAAUUCCCAAGUAGUGUUUGUCACAUUUGACUUUUAUCUUCCCUUGAGUUUCCCUUGCGAUUUCGCCCCAGUGCAUGCGAGUAAUAUCUAUCAGUGUGGAACAAACAUCAAAACUAUAAAGCACCAAUUUCAAGCUCAUUUUUUCGAUAAUAUGUGUUGAAGCUUCGCGAAAAUAAUGUUAGACAAGUUGCUGUACCCACAAUUACGUUCAAUGUAGAUAGGAAAUUUUUAAAUUCAAUACUUUUUACCCGUACUUGUAUCUUACUAAACUUGUGUCAUUUUCAUUAUGAGUAUUGAAAAUGAGGCGAGUUUAGAAAUGGCUAAAUGGUAAUGUGUUUUGCAUGACUGAAAUUUUUCAUUUGAAAAAAAAUGUGAUUGUUUACUAUACAUGACACAAAUAAUACAGGGUGAACAAAAGGUGAUGCUAAUACUUUAGGCAAAUUUGAUUGCUCGCUUUGUUCAGCCUGUAUAAUCUUUAAUUUUGUUUUGUCAAGUUAUGCGGCAAAACUGAAGUACUAAAGGCUAAUGUUCAAAAAUGAAAAUGCUCAUACAAAGUAUAUUUUAUAGUACAUUUAAGUAAAACAGGUGAGUUAGUAUAAUUGUUGUACCUCCAAAAAGUCCACUGAAACAGUAUUUUUAGCUAAUAGUUGUGAUUUGUUAUUAAAUGUGUAUUUUUUUAUUUACUAUUUUGUCUUCCAGGGUCAAUUUUAUGUAACCAAUUUAUUUUUAAGAUACAUAUUUAAAUAUGAGUCAAGUAAUUGUUACUUAAUGAUAAUAAAUGUAACAUUAAAUGUU